AUGGAAGAGCAGCAAAUCAAAAGAAAAAAGAAAUUUCCAGAAAAUAUUCGAAUUCUAGUUCUAUCAUCAAAUAAUUCGCAUCACUUAAUUUCCAACUUAUCUCGCAUCGACUCUCAAAUUAUAAAACUUCGAAAUUCAACCUAUAAUCCUGUUAUUUUUCCCACUUUUGAGCAACUUUUAGAUGCUCCAAGUCUUCUGAAUUUGGCUGAGAAAUUGAAGGUUUGUGAAUUUUUACGUCAGCUUCAAAUUAAAAGUUUUCAGCCGAUGCCAAAUUGGCCUCUGGCAUUUCAAAAAUUCAGGGAAGAACAAGUGAAACUGAAUGAAAUAAGUUUAAAACUUUCAAAUCAAAGUACUUUAAAUCAUUCAUUGAAUUCGUGAGUUUUUUUCAAAUUUGUGACUAUAAGUUCUACUCCAACAUCUACAUAAUAUUUUCUUACAGGAAACACUGGGUGAAGUUCGAUAUAAUGAUGUCAAUUGAGUAUUUGAAAACAUUUGAUUUUUUUCCGAUCUCUGAAAUUUUGUGAUCGAAUAAUUCUAGCAAAACAUGUUGCAAUUAUCAGUCAAACAAUGACAUUUGCAUUUACUUCGAUUCAGUAUAGAUCAGACUGUUUCAGAACUCCUGAUGGAUGUUUUCUAGAUUCAAAAAACAUGUAAGCUCUUUUUUUUUGAAACUUUUCCGUGAGUUUUAUUUUCAGAAUUGAUUUGCUGAACACGUUAACUGGCAAAAAUGUUGGGUAA